UGCUAAGAGGUGUGCUUUUAAUUGCAGAUUUUCAUCAACAACGAAUGGCAUGAUGCAGUCAGCAAGAAAACAUUCCCAACCGUCAACCCAUCCACAGGGGAGGUCAUCUGCCAGGUUGCUGAGGGAGACAAGGCAGACGUGGACAAGGCCGUGAAGGCAGCCAAAGAGGCUUUCCAGAUCGGAUCUCCUUGGCGACGGAUGGAUGCCUCCCACCGGGGCAAGCUGCUCAACCGCCUCGCUGACCUGAUUGAGAGAGAUCGGGCGUAUCUGGCAGCUCUGGAGACACUGGACAACGGCAAGCCCUACUCGAUUUCCUAUCUGGUGGAUUUAGACAUGGUUGUCAAGCAUCUCCGGUACUAUGCAGGCUGGGCUGACAAGCUCCAUGGCAAAACCAUCCCCAUAGAUGGAGACUUCUUUACCUACACAAGACAUGAGCCUGUGGGAGUCUGCGGACAAAUCAUUCCGUGGAAUUUCCCGUUACUGAUGCAGGCGUGGAAGCUUGGCCCAGCUCUUGCCACGGGGAAUGUGGUGGUGAUGAAGCUGGCAGAGCAAACCCCCUUGACCGGCUUGUACGUGGCCAACCUGGUCAAAGAGGCUGGAUUCCCACCGGGCGUAGUGAAUAUAAUUCCUGGCUACGGGCACUCUGCCGGCGCUGCCAUCUCCGCCCAUAUGGACGUGGACAAAAUCGCAUUUACUGGCUCCACAGAGGUUGGGCACCUGAUCCAGAAGGCUGCAGCAGAGAGUAAUCUGAAGAGAGUGACCCUUGAACUAGGAGGAAAGAGCCCCAACAUCAUCAUGUCCGAUGCCGAUAUGGACUGGGCUGUCGAGCAAUCCCAUUCCGCCUUGUUCUUCAACCAAGGCCAGUGCUGCUGUGCAGGAUCCCGGACGUUUGUCCAAGAAGAUAUAUACCACGAGUUUGUAGAGAAGAGCGUGGAGAGAGCCAAGUCCCGAGUAGUUGGCAAUCCCUUUGACUUCAAAACAGAACAAGGACCUCAGGUAGACGAGAGUCAGUAUAAGAAGAUCCUUGGAUAUAUCAGUACCGGAAAAAAGGAAGGAGCCAAACUGAUGUGCGGAGGGAACCCCGCGGCGGACAGAGGCUACUUCAUUCAGCCAACUAUUUUUGGAGACGUACAAGAUGACAUGACAAUUGCCAGAGAAGAGAUAUUUGGACCAGUCAUGCAGAUCUUAAAGUUCAAAACCAUCGAGGAGGUCAUCCACAGAGCCAACGACACAAAAUACGGGCUGGCAGCGGCCGUCUUCACAAAAGAUAUCGACAAAGCGAACUACAUCUCCCAGGGUCUGCGCGCCGGAACUGUCUGGAUAAAUUGCUACAACGUGUUUGGCUGUCAGGUUCCCUUCGGAGGUUACAAAACCUCUGGACAAGGUCGUGAGGGGGGAGAAUACGGUCUGACCCCAUACAUGGAAGUGAAAACAGUGACCAUCAAAGUCCCGCAGAAGAAUUCUUAAGCAACAUGGACCCCCUUUCAUCUCGGAAACCCUCCAAAGACAAGCUUUUCUUACACUUGAUGGUGGGAUUUACCAGAAUUCAAGCAGAGAACUUGCCUUCAUGAAGCAAAAUCUGGAUUGGCCAUCUUAGAAGCACAUGCAAUUUCCAAUUUAAAGAAAAAAAAUCUUUAUUUUCCUGCUUAUGUUGUACUUGGCUUUUUUUCUACACAAACACAUGUAUGUAUUAAUGCUGCAUAUCUACAGUUCUGAAUCACUUCUCUGAUCUGUAUUUACAAGCCACGAAAAUAUCUAUUCUUAUAUGGCACUGAUUUAUAGAAUCUUUUCUCCUCUUUCCCCAUGCAACCUGAACAGAAACAGCCUCUUCUUUUUAUAUCAAUGUGAAAGCUAAAGCAAGCUACUGAUUUUGGUUAUUAAAUGCUGAAAAGUCA